GGGAGAAGUUUGCCUUCAGGGUUUCUACCAUCGGCGGGGGAGGGACUUAACUUAGAAGACGAAAUUCACUAUUGGAUAUAUGAACUGUCAUUCUUUACCUUUGAGCGAAUCACAAAUCGAACAAAAUUCAGUACUGACCAAUCAGAGACGUCCCAUGUACAGACGCUGUAUCCGGAUAAAAUUGUAAAUACAGAGCAUCCUCCGCUGCAAGAGAUCGAUUUGAUAGACAACAGUACAAAUGGGGCGCAGGAAGUCAAAGCGAAAGCCACCUCCCAAGAAAAAAAUGACUGGUAACCUGGACACCCAGUUCACUUGUCCGUUCUGCAACCAUGAAAAAUCCUGUGAUGUUAAAAUGGAGCGCCCCCGUAACACAGGAAUUAUAUCAUGCAGCGUUUGCUUGGAGGAGUUCCAGACACCCAUAACCUAUCUGUCAGAGCCAGUGGAUGUUUACAGUGAUUGGAUCGAUGCCUGUGAAGCAGCCAAUCAAUAGUCACGGUUUCCUGUGACUAACCUCACUCAUUUACAGUUCCUCCCUUUGAUUGGUCCACUGAAUUAGGUGUUGUUAGCGCAAACAUUAGAAACAUCAUGUUUUGGGUGUACGUGCACAACGUGUUUAUUUUAACUUUGCUUUUUUUAACUUGCUGAGCACGUUCCUCUGGCUGGGCCAGAGGCCUGUUGUGUUGUUUUGUAUACAUCAUAGUUCUCAUUGUAAAAUGUAUCAGUGAUUAGCGUAUCAGUGUUUUUUGUUUGUUUGUUUGUUUGUUUUUUUAGUAGAUCAUGAUGUUUUCCAUUUUUAAAAAAUAAUUUCUGGUCUUACACAUUCCAUGUCCUCCAUUUCUGUGCGUUGUGAUUUAUGAAGAAAAUGUUUUUCUUGUCUUAAGGUUAUUGUAGAGCCGUAUUUAAAAGAUUACACUGACAGAAAUACUUGUACCCUUGUGAAAGUAGAUUUAGUUUUCAGCCAUGUCUCUUAUGCACUGAAGUAUUUUGUUGUUUAUUUUUUUCAGACUGCCUUUUUUAAAAUCACAAUCAUAAUUUCUGUUACACUACUUCUGUGUAUUUCACAUAUAUUGUGUACUUUUAGAUAAUGACACUAAUGAGAAAUGAAAUCUGAAGCAUAUUUUUCAAGUGUUUUUUUUUUUAUUGCACAAAUGUCAAGUUUAGUGAAAGGCAUACAGGAAAAAUCAAGAGGUUAGCAAAGAUGUAAAGUUUGAACAAUGUUGAAACAAAGCCAACACAUUAAGGUGAAAUGUUACUAAACAUUUACUCAACAUUGUUACUAUUCUGGAUAUCACAGAAGGAAUGAUAAUAAAUGAAUGACAUGUUAAAAACAA